CCAUAACCACCGCCAUUAAAAGGCAACACCGGUGAGCCCCACACGCCGCUCAGCGCGGGCCGUUUUAAGGCGGAAGGAGACGGUGGACGGAGCGCUCCCGUGCCUAUAAAAGGCGGCCGGCGAGACUUAGAACUCUUUUGCCGGUAGCUGUAUCCGACACGAUGCCUGAGGAGGUGCAGCAUGGGGAAGAGGAUGCGGAGACCUUCGCCUUCCAGGCGGAGAUCGCCCAGCUCAUGUCGCUCAUCAUCAACACCUUCUACUCCAACAAGGAGAUCUUCCUGCGGGAGCUCAUCUCCAACGCCUCCGACGCGCUGGAUAAGAUCCGCUAUGAGAGCCUGACUGACCCCUCAAAGCUAGACAGCGGUAAAGACCUCAAGAUCGACAUAGUCCCCAACCCCCGGGACCGCACGCUCACCCUGGUGGACACUGGCAUUGGGAUGACAAAAGCAGACCUCAUCAACAACUUGGGCACUAUUGCCAAGUCAGGUACCAAAGCCUUCAUGGAAGCCCUGCAGGCUGGCGCAGACAUCUCCAUGAUCGGGCAGUUUGGUGUGGGUUUCUAUUCUGCAUAUCUAGUGGCUGAGAAGGUGGUUGUCAUUACCAAGCACAAUGAUGAUGAGCAGUAUGCUUGGGAGUCAUCAGCUGGGGGCUCCUUCACUGUCCGAACUGACCAUGGUGAGCCCAUUGGACGAGGCACCAAAGUGAUCCUGUAUUUGAAGGAGGACCAGACAGAGUACUUGGAGGAGCGGCGUGUCAAAGAGGUGGUGAAGAAGCACUCCCAGUUCAUUGGCUACCCCAUCACGCUUUAUCUGGAGAAGGAGCGUGAGAAAGAGAUCAGUGAUGAUGAGGCAGAGGAGGAGAAAGGUGAGAAGGAGGAGGAAGAGUCGGCAUCCAAAGAUGAGGAGAAACCCAAAAUCGAGGAUGUGGGCUCUGAUGAUGAGGAGGAGGGAGACAAAGGCAAGAAGAAAAAGACCAAGAAAAUCAAGGAGAAGUAUAUUGACCAGGAGGAGCUGAACAAGACCAAGCCUAUUUGGACCCGCAACCCUGAUGACAUCACCCAGGAGGAGUAUGGCGAGUUCUACAAAAGCCUCACCAAUGAUUGGGAGGACCACCUGGCUGUCAAGCACUUCUCAGUGGAAGGGCAGCUGGAGUUCAGGGCCCUGCUCUUCAUCCCACGCCGUGCCCCUUUUGACCUCUUUGAGAACAAGAAGAAGAAGAAUAACAUUAAGCUGUAUGUGAGGCGUGUCUUCAUCAUGGACAGCUGUGACGAGCUCAUCCCUGAGUACCUAAACUUCAUCCGGGGCGUUGUGGACUCGGAGGACCUGCCUCUGAACAUAUCUCGUGAGAUGCUCCAGCAGAGCAAGAUCCUGAAGGUGAUCCGCAAAAACAUUGUGAAGAAAUGCUUGGAACUCUUUGCUGAGCUGGCAGAGGACAAAGAGAACUACAAAAAAUUUUAUGAGGCCUUUUCCAAGAAUCUGAAGCUGGGCAUCCAUGAGGACUCAACCAACCGAAAGCGCCUUUCGGAGCUGCUGCGUUACCACACGUCCCAGUCAGGCGAUGAGGUGACUUCACUUUCAGAGUAUGUGUCCCGUAUGAAGGAGACCCAGAAGAGUAUCUACUACAUCACAGGGGAGAGUAGAGAGCAGGUUGCCAACUCAGCCUUUGUGGAGCGUGUGCGGAAGCGUGGCUUUGAGGUGGUGUACAUGACGGAGCCCAUUGACGAGUAUUGCGUGCAGCAGCUCAAGGAGUUUGAUGGAAAGACCCUGGUGUCGGUCACCAAGGAGGGGCUGGAGCUGCCUGAAGAUGAGGAGGAGAAAAAGAAGAUGGAGGAGAGCAAGGCCAAGUUUGAGACCCUCUGCAAACUCAUGAAGGAGAUCCUGGACAAGAAGGUGGAGAAGGUAACUAUCUCAAACCGGUUGGUCUCAUCUCCCUGCUGCAUCGUCACCAGCACCUAUGGAUGGACAGCCAACAUGGAGCGCAUCAUGAAGGCUCAGGCAUUGCGGGACAACUCUACCAUGGGCUACAUGAUGGCCAAGAAGCACCUGGAGAUCAACCCUGACCACCCAAUUGUGGAAACCCUCCGCCAGAAGGCUGAUGCUGACAAGAAUGACAAAGCUGUCAAAGACCUGGUGGUGCUGCUCUUUGAAACUGCUGUGCUGUCCUCUGGUUUCUCCCUGGAAGAUCCUCAGACACACUCCAACCGCAUCUAUAGGAUGAUCAAACUGGGCCUUGGCAUUGAUGAAGACGAGGUGACUGCAGAGGAGCCCAGUGCAGCUGUCCGUGAUGACAUCCCCCCCCUGGAGGGAGAUGAAGAUGCAUCCCGCAUGGAAGAGGUAGACUAAAGUAGGAGGAAGCCUUUGCCCUACCUCAUGUCUGCUUAGAAGGAGGUCUGCUCCCACCCGCUGCUACUGACUCCUUAGCAGUGUCAGUUUUUUUGGAUUUGCUUGAUUGUUUUUGGCAGAGUGCGGGAGGGCGUGAUUCCCUGUUUGUCAGUAGUGAGUGAUUCAGGCAGCCCGAGGCCUGUCUGUUCCGUGUCUUUCUGAUUGUGUAGGAACAGCUGAUGGGGAGUGGAGGUGAGGAGGCAUCAGGCUUCCCCUCUCUGCCCUCCACGGCGUCCCCCACAUUCCCAGUAGACAUCAAACUGCUCUUGUUCCACUGGGGUGGAGAGAACCCUUCCUCUGAGCUGCUGCCUCCCCCAGCCCCCAGGGUAGGAUAUUGUAUUUCGGUUGGCUUAGUUAUUUUUUGUUUGAUUAUUUUUCUGUUGUUUUGUUCUACUGGAAUUAAAGUAUCAAAGAAUGUGGUUUACA